UUCUAUCUGCACUCUGCAGCCUCUCAAUAGAUGCCACCCACCUUUCCCCAUCUCCACUAUUUUCACGAAUCUAACUUUUGUUCAGUCUCUUCAAUGGCGGCCAUUUCCCUAUCUCACACUCUCCUUCCCUUCCCCACACCCAGGCACACCCACCUCCAAUCCAUAACCCACCAACUUGGAGUUCCAAAAGUUGCCACAAAAACAACACCCACAAUAUGCAAGGUGCUAUCCAAAACAAGCGACUCCCUGUCGGCCGUUAUUACCGACCUAGUAGAAGAAGACGAAGAAGCUUAUACCAGUACUUCCCAGCUGCCGGAGCGCCAACUAGCCGACGCGUGGCGUGAAAUCCACGGCCAAGAUGACUGGGUCGGCCUGCUCGAUCCAAUGGACCCGCUUCUUCGAUCGGAGCUAAUCAGGUACGGCGACAUGGCGCAGGCAUGUUACGACGCCUUCGAUUUCGACCCCUUUUCCAAGUACUGCGGAAGCUGUAGGUUCAUGCGUCACGAUUUCUUUGACUCCCUAGGAAUGACGUCACACCAGGGCUACGACGUCUCUCGCUACAUCUUCGCAACCUCAAACAUCAAUCUACCAAACUUCUUCAAGAAGUCGCGGUGGCCUAAGGUGUGGAGCAAGAACGCUAACUGGAUCGGAUACGUCGCCGUUUCCAACGACGAAACGACAAGACUUUUAGGCCGCCGUGAUAUAACCAUAGCAUGGAGAGGCACGGUGACAAGGCUGGAGUGGAUUGCAGACCUAAUGGAUUUCCUCAAGCCAAUCUCUUCCAACAAAAUCCCAUGUCCGGAUCCGACGGUGAAAGCCGAAUCUGGGUUUUUAGACCUCUACACGGACAAAGACGAGGCGUGCCGGUUUUGCAAGUUCUCAGCGAGAGAGCAAAUAUUGAGCGAGGUGAAAAGGUUGCUGGACGUGUACGCAGGCGAAGAAGUAAGCAUUACCUUCACAGGGCAUAGUCUAGGGGCGGCGCUGGCCGUUCUAAGCGCGUAUGAUAUCGUGGAGACGGGGUUGAAUGUGUUACCGGACGGCAGUGCGGUGCCGGUGUGCGUGUUUUCGUUUGCGGGUCCGAGAGUGGGGAACGUAAGGUUCAAGGAGAGGCUUGAGACGUUGGGGCUCAAGGUUUUAAGGGUGGUGAAUAUUCACGACGUGGUGCCAAAGUCGCCGGGGCUUUUCUUCAACGAGCAAGUUCCGCCGAUGGUGAUGAAGUGGGCCGAGGGGUUGCCGUGGAGUUACUCGCACGUUGGGGUUGAACUUGGCUUGGAUCACAAAAACUCCCCGUUUUUGAAGCAGAAUGCCGAUCCGGUUUCUGCACAUAAUUUGGAGGCUCACCUGCAUUUGCUUGAUGGAUACCAUGGGAAAGGGCAUAGAUUUGUGCUAGCAAGUGGAAGAGAUCUUGCGCUGGUGAACAAGGCGUGUGAUUUCUUGAAAGACCAUUACUUGGUCCCACCUUACUGGAGGCAAGAUGAGAACAAGGGCAUGGUGAGGAGCAGGGAUGGGCGUUGGGUGCAGCCUGAACGCCCUAAGCUCGAGGAUCACUCUUCCGACGUCCACCACCACCUCAACCAAUUAGGCCUGCCUUCUCUUUAAUUCAUUCAACAUUAUUUCUUGUUUAAUUGUAUAUCUUUUUUAAAAAUUUUGAGGUAUAUUUGUAAUUUAAAAUAACUAUAUAUGCCACGUGGUGGUACGUAUAGUUAGUAUAUGAUCAUCGGGCAAAUAAGAGCUAUAUGAAAUUAUUUGAUUUGUCUUA